CAAUAGGACCUUUAAUGUAAAAUUGGCUGUGAUUUCAUAAUCACCUCUUAUCUGAGGUCAGAUACUACAGAGAACUGCUGCAUUAUGUGUCAACACUGUCUGACACGCGCAUGUGAUCAUUUCGUCUUCAGAUGCAUUUGAAUGUUCCUUUAACAUAAUUAAUAAUGCGGUUUAUUUUAGUCGGGGCGAUUUUACUGUCAAUAGCAGCGGCUUAUUACAUUUAUCUCCCACUGCCCAGCACUAUAUCAGAGCCAUGGAAACUUAUGUUAAUGGAUGCAAUGAUACGUCCAAUAAUGCAUUUGAGUUUUUUAGCUCAUAACCUUGGAUUGAGUCACCCCUUCGAUUUUAUGAAGUACGCUAUGUCAUGGACACAGAUGAAGGGUCUACAGUCCAGCCCAACCGUCCGAGUGACAGACACUUCCUUUUCUGGAGUGCAGGCACGAGUGUAUGAGUCCAUUUCACCAGGACUGGAGCAACAUUUGAAGAGAGGAGUGGUCUAUUUCCAUGGAGGUGGAUGGACACUCUGCAGUGCAAAGAUGCAGCCAUAUGACAUGCAGUGCAGGAUUGUGGCUGAAGAGUUGGAUGCAGUCGUAAUAUCUGUUGAGUACAGGUUGGCACCAGAAGCACGUUUCCCAGAUCAGUAUAAUGACGCGCUUCAGGCCUCAAAACGUAUCCUGACAGCAGAGGUGCUGGCUCAGUACUCGAUAGACCCAGAAAGAGUAGCUGUGUCAGGUGACAGUGCCGGGGGGAAUCUUGCCGCUGCUGUUGCUCAACAGAUAGCCUUGGACAGCAGUGCUCCUAUUAAGUACAAAGUUCAGGCCCUUAUCUACCCUGCGCUCCAGGCCUUGGACUUCAACACACCUUCCAACCAGCAGAAUGGCAACAUUCCCGUCCUAUACCGUCCACACAUGGCCAUCUAUUGGCUGGAGUACCUAGGUGGGGAUCAGAGACUGGUUUCUUCUUUGCUAGCUAACAACCACACAGCUCUGAAUCAGGGCCACAAGAUAGCCGCAGCUAAAGCUAAGAUAAACUGGACACAACUUCUUCCGGUCGCUUUUCAGAAGAAUUACAAGCCCCUUUUUCCACUUCAGGGUGACCCAAAGCUGUUAGAGGAGCUGCCAGGUUUGCUGGACGUGAGAGCGGCCCCUUUACUAGCUGAAAAGGAAGCAUUGAAGGCAGUACCGCCCACCUACAUCAUGACCUGUGAGCAUGACGUGCUGAGAGAUGACGGACUCAUGUAUGGCAGACGUCUGGAGGAGGCCGGAGUUGCCGUCACCAUUGAUCACUACGAAGACGGUUUCCAUGGAUGCAUGAGCUUUGCUUUUGGACCCAUGCAAUUCUCCGUUGGAUUGCGAAGUUUUGAAAACUACAUUCGCUGGUUGAAGGAGAACCUCUAGCAGGUUUUCGUCAACACAUAUUUACAAGACGUUUCCUAUUAUGUUAAAUAAAUUUUGGAUUGAAACAUUUACUAAUUUUUUUUAAAUUGAACAUGCAAUGCAAAACAUCAAUGCAACAAAAUAUUUGUGAAGAACCGAAUGGGCCUGCUGACAACAAAACGUUGUUUCAUUAUCUCUGAAAUAUCAUUAUGGUGUAAGUGUGCUCGGAACCUGCUCUAUUGUCCAUUUGAAUGUGUUACGUACACAUGUGAAUGCAGGGAAUUUAUUAUCAAGCUUAACUGAAUACUAUAAUGUCUAAAUGAUGCUACGACAACCUACUGGAUUUUACAACCCCAAUUCUGAAAAGCUGGGACGGUAUGAAAAAAUGCUAAUAAAAACAAAAAUAAGUAAUUUGUCAAUUAUAUUCACCCAUUGCUAUAUUGAAAGCACUACAACUACACAUUAUAUGAUGUUUUAUCUUGUGAAUUUCAUUGUUUUUUUGAAAAUCUACAGUCAUUUCAAAUCAGAUGAUUGCAACACACUCCAAAAAAGUUGGGACAGUCGAGUGUUUACCACUGUGAAACAUCACCAUUUCUUCUAAUAACACUUAUUAAGCAUUUAGGCACUGAAGACACAAGUUUGUUAAGUUUAGAAAGUGGAAUUUUCCCCCAUUCAUACUUUAUAUAGGUCUUUAGCUGCACAAUUGUAUGGGGUCUUCGUUGCCAUCUAAUGCGCUUCAUAAUGCACCACACAUUCUCAAUUGGAGACAGGUCAUGACUGCAUGCAGGCCAGUCUAGCACCCACACUCUCUGCUUACACAGCCAUGCUCUUGUAAUCCAGGCAGUAUGUGGUUUGAAGUUGUCCUGCUGGAAAAUGCAGGGACAUCCCUGGAAAAAAUGGUGCUGGAUGACAGUAUAUGUUGCUCCAAAAUUUGUACAUAUCUGUCUGCAUUCAUGGUGUUCUCACAGAUGUGCAAGUUACCCAUGCCAUGGGCACCGACACCCCUGGCCCAUACAGACACUGGCUUUUGGACCUGAUGCUAAUAACAGCUUGGAUGGCCCUUUUCCUCUUUGGCCCGGAGAACAUGACGGCUGUGUUUUUCAAAAACUAUUUGAAAUGUGGACUCAUCGGACCAAAAAAUACAGUUCCACUGUUCUACUUUCCAUCUAAGAUGAGACCGAGCCCAGAGAAGUCGGCAACGCUUCUGGACAGUGUUGAUGUAUGGCUUCUGCUUUGCAUAGUAAAGUCUUAACUUGCAACUGUGGAUGCAGCGGUGAGUGGUGUUGACUAACAAAGGUUUACUAAAGUUAUCCCAAGCCCAUGUUCAUGAUAUUCGUUACAGAUGAAUGACAUUAAGACAGAGGGAACUGAGCUCACGCGCAUUCAGAAGUGGUUUGACCAGAUUCCUUGAAUCUAAACUAUAUUGUGCACUGUAGAGGGUGAAAUGCCCAAAAUCCUUCAAAUUUGUCUUUGGGGAACAUUGUUCUCAAAGUGCUUGAUUAUUUGCUGAAGCAUCUUUAGGCAAAUUGACAAGUCUUGAAUGAUCCUUGCUGUUGAAGGACUAGGCUGAUUUGGAGGCUCCUUAUACAGUACUAUGACACAAUUGCCUCACCUGUUUAACAUCUCCUGUUUCACAUCGCCUUGUUAUUUUAACUCAUAAUUGCCCCGUCUCAACUUUUUUGGAGUGUGUUGCAAUCAUCUGAUUUGAAAUUACUGUACAUUUAAAAAAUGCUUUCAAUAUAGCAAAGGGUGAAUAUAACUUACAAAUCACUACUUUUUGUUUUUAUUAGCAUUUUUCUUACUGCCCCAACUUUUUUGUAAUUGGGGUUGUACAAACGCAUAUAAGUUGAAUACUGAAACUAGUUGCAUAUGCAGAAAUUCUUGAAUAAAAGAUGAUAUAACCAAUGGAAGAUGGAGGGAGUGUUCAGGAAACCUUUCUGAAAACACUAUGUUUUCAGUUCCGUUUGGUGCUGCUAGUGGCACAGUAUUUAUACACCUCACCUUUUAAUUUACUAGAUUAUUAUUUCAUUGUUAUGGAAUAAUGAUACAAAAAAUCACACAAAUAAAUCUAACAUUUUCAGAAAAAUGUAUAGUAGGCCUAUAUUUACUUUUCCAAGAAAAUAAAAUAUAUCAUUUUGGUUUGACAGAGCUUUCAGGGACAUUCCUUAAAGGGAUAGUUCACCCAAAAAUGGAAAUUCUCUCAUUAUUUACUCACCCUCAUGCCAUCCCAGAUGUGUAUGACUUUCUUUUUUCUUCUGAACACAUUUGAAGAUUUUUAGAAGAAUAUUUCAGCUCUGUAGAUCCAUACAAUGCAAGUGAAUGGGUGCCAAAAGUUUGACGCUCCAAAAAUCACAUAAAGGCAGUAUAAAAGUAAUCCAUAUGGCUCCAGUGGUUGAAUCCAUAUUUUCUAAAGCAAUAUGAAAGGUGUGGGUGAGAAACAGAUCAAUAUUUAAGUCAGUUUUUCAUUGAAAUUCUUCUCCCUGCCCAGUAGAGGGCGUAUAUGUCAGGACAGGCCAGGAAAACAACCAGAGCGGUGCGCUCACACAGAGGCAUAGAACAUUCAUGUCAUGAUCCUGUCACCACAAUAAACCUGACUGACAAAGGUGACAGGAUCGUGACACGAAUGUUCUGUCUCUGUGUGAGCACACGGCUCUGGUUGUUUUCCUGUCCAUGUGCUCUUCUGUCUAGUCUGUGUCUCAUGUUCAGAACAUGGUGUCUGGAUCUUGACUCUUCGGACUGGUUCGGUCUUGUUUCUGAGUCGGUAUCUGGACACUCAUGCUCUAUGUCUUGUCUUUUUGCUUGAGCACAUGACUAAUGAUGUCUUCAUUGCCAUGUGCUCUAUUGUCUUGUAUUUGUGUUUGUUUGAGCACAUGGCCAAUGAUGGCUUCAUUGCGAUGUGCUCUUUCUGUCCGGUCUGUUGUGUUUGUUGUGAGCACAUAGUUCUUGUUAAGUUGUUUGCCAUGUGCUCACCUUUCUCUCGUCCUGACCCUGCCCCCUUGUUACCUCAUUAUUAGUUCAUUUACUUCGCCUGCUUUCCUGAUUUCCCUCCUUGUUUUCUUUCCUAUUUAACCCCAUUUUGUUUUUUGUCUUGCGCCAGUUCAUUGUGGUUUAUCACCCUGUUAGGUUCUCCUAUGUCGGUUCCUGUCCUGCCCUGUGUGUCUGUUCCAGCCUGGAGCAUUGAACCCAGUCUGUCCUGUAGUGUUCUGCCCUGGAUGUUGGAGUUUUCCCCUUUGGGUUUGUUUCUGUUUGUUUUGUUUAUUUUUUUAAUUAAAUAAAGCCCAUCAUCUCACCUCUCUAUGAGUCUUCACCCUCUCUUCAACUGAACCUUGACAGCAUGCAUGAAGAAUGUGAAUCAACAAAAACACAAGAAGAAUGUGAAAGUUAAAGUGGAGCAGGGAGGAGAAUAUAUAGUAAAAACUAACUUAAAUAUUGAUCUGUUUCUCACCCACACCUAUCAAAUCACUUCUGAAGACAUUGAUUUAACCAUUGGAGUCAUAUGGAUUACUUUUAUGCUGACCCAAAAGAGCUGAGAAAUUCUUCUAAAAUGCUUCAUUUGUGUUCUGCUGAAGAAAGUCACACACAUCUGGGAUGGCAUAAGGGUGAGUAAAUAAUGAGAGAAUUUUAAUUUUUGGGUGAACUAUUCCUUUAACUUAAGAUGGAUGUUACAAUUUCAUAAAAAAAAAACCUUUUUACUCUUUUUCUCAAAAGCACGACAGCAUGUUUACUUAUAACUUGUUUCUGUUAAAAUGCAAUGCUGUUGGGAAAAUGUUCUUCCUUCUGUCUGGGAAUUGCAACUUCUUUAGCAGUUUCUUUGCUGUUGGCAGUCAGCACUUUUGACAAAAGGGAAUAUCAUAAAAACUGAGCAGUAUGGCAAUUUAAAGGAACAUGAGCUGUAAGGGAGUAUUUGAGGGAAGAUAUCCGUCACUGUUAGCGCAUGGGAAAUGUAGGGGGUGCAGAUAAGCGUGGUGGAAUGCAGACUCUCACUAUUUUUCCACUCACCUGCGAGACCUUUUGCUAUUAUGGCACCUUUGUUUUUUUUUCUCUCAUUCAGAGUGUGGGGACAAUAAUCAAUUUCUAUUGAUGUUUUACAGACUGUACCAUUUCUCUCAGGGUAACUUGUUUGGGCAACAGCUGAAAGAGGGAUCUGAAAAAAAAAAAAAAAAAAUGUUUUUUUUGUUAACAUAAUCUUUGCAAUACACCCUCCCUUAUCUCUUCUUUGUCAGCUAUUAUUGUUUUGUAACCACUCUGCAUGCCAGUUACCAAAAUAUUACUCCCAUCUACUUUCAAAUAUGUUGACUAUGUGAGUCUCUCACACUGUUUAGUUUUUUACUAGAUUGGGAUCAUGUUUCUUUUGAUACUGUGUUAAAAUAUUAGGCUACAUUUGGUUUGGAAACAUCUUGAUUUUGGGAAUUCUUGGCAACACAACAAACAACUGACAUUGAGCCCAUUUACAUGCACACCAGUACGCUGAUAACUCCCGAAAAUCAGUUUAUUUCACAAAUACAACAAAGCAAGAAUUCCACGUUUACAUGAGGUUUGAAAUAAUCUGGUAAUUCUCUGCUUUUGUGAAGAGAAUGCGUGUGAAGAGGCAUUCACACAACACUUGCGUACAUUGGAUAAGUCAAGAACGGCAGUAAAGGUGUGUACAUACAACGUGAAAUCGGGGUAAUGGGCAAAAAUCUAUGAAUGGUUUUUCUAAAGCCUUUUAUGACCUUAUAUUGAAAAAGGAAAGCCAUUAAAUGCGUUUACAUGACCAAACAUGUUGUCGGCUUACUGUAUUAAGUAUAAUCAUGUAAACGCACUUGAAAUAGACCGCGAUGAGUAUGCUUACAUGCACACCAAUGUACUACCAAAAAUCAGGUCAUUUACUACCAAAAAUCAUUCAGUGAGAUAAAAUGAAGAACAAAUGGAGACUUUUGCUACUCCAACUCAGAUUGUUCUCCUGAGAAAAAGACCUAAGUGUUCUCUCAUUUAUCUCCUAAAGUUUCAGAAGACAUUUCGUUGUUAUCAUACUGUGCUCAGAUUUGCCUAGACAAUCAAAGUCUUGGCAACUCAAAAGUCAGAGAUUUCAAUAUGAUGUGAAAAAUUAAUCUCACAGUCAUGGAAAACUUUGAAAUAUCUGUACAUUUAAUCAUUUAAUCUAAAAUUUUGAUUUACAGGUCUGGAAAAGUUAAAGCAAAUUAACAAAAUCUUAAUGUCAUGGAACAUUGGGUAGCACUUUAUAAAAAGGUUACAUUUGUUAACAUUAGUAAAUUAAUUAGGGAUCAUAUUCUAACAGUUAACAAUAUAUUUUUUACAGUAUGUAUUAAACUUUGUUAAUAUUAGAUAAUAAAAAUACAAUUGUUCAUUGUUAGUUCAUAAGCUCUGCAGACCAGACAUUUUCACACUCAAAUUUAAAAGCUCCCUGUUCACACAGACAGUGGGCUAAUUUCAUAAAAAUGGUCUCAUUUUACAGAUAACCCCUUACAUUUUAAGAAAUGAUUGCAAUAAUUGAUCAAUAACAUUGUAUAUGUUUACAAUUUUAUGAUAAACAUAAUUUAAAGGUGCUAUAUGUACGAUUGACAACAAGCGUUUUAAAUGGGUACUGCAGUUCAAAUUCAAAAUAUUGGAGAGUUUUCUGCCCAGACUCGAAGCUCAUGUGGGUUGCCAGAAUGAGGGCACGCAACAGGAAAAUUAGCCAGCUCAGCAUCCAUUUUAAAGGAUUUCUGGGCUUUAAGCUGUCUCCAUCUUCCAAAGGCAUCUCCAAUAUUUAUCCUUGUUUUACUACACCUCUGGUCAUGGUGGUUUUUAGAUGGAUGGCGAGGCUUUUUAGGUCAGGUGGAAUCUGUUAUCUCUGAUCCAGUUCAUUUGCUGGCUUCCAUGGCUGCAGCACGCAGUGUUGUUUGCCUGCAAACUUGUUCAAAUCUGGCAAUUUCGGUGUCGAAAUACUAUUGGUGAGUGGGCAGUGGGCGGGAUCACACAGGCAAAAACAUAAACAGAAAAUGGAAACUUCAAAGUAGAAUAUACUGGCUAUAGCAUUGUUAUCGGAGAAGCCAGUAUUUCAACUUAGCAUGUUUCCUAAUUCUCUAAUGACAUAUUAUGGUCAUUUUAUGAUUUAGUACAGUAAAAAUAUUACAUAUAGCACCUUUAAAAAAAACCUUUCAUUUCUAAAGUUUAAAAGCAUGCCAUUUCAGUUCUGUGUCCUCUGUUUUUGAGCAAAAAGUCUUAUUUUAUUCCACUGGAUGGCAGCAAGUACUAGAAAAAAUAAUUUUUACUCUAUCACCUUCCGUCACAUUAUACUGAUCUGAAAUGUAGGUGGUGCUCUGCCCUCACAUCGGCACUCACACAUAGACAAGUUUUUUUUAAGUGCUAAGAGCUUCCACACUAUUUUGUUGAAUAUCUUGACUUCUGAGUUGUCUAGAAGCCCAAUCUAGGUGUCAUUGAAAAACAAAGAAAACCAACAUUACACUGAUGUGUAACAUUUAAUAUUCAAUAGAUGAGAACCUAUUUUGCUGAUGAUUUGUUUCUCAUUCUUUUUCUACCGAACCUCAUAUUUUGUUCAAAACUUUUUUGAUAUAAAAUUGGAUUAUUCACCCAAGCAAGCUCACAAACAAGUAAUUUAUUUAACUCAUUUUAAAGCUAACAACCCAAGGAAAGAUUAGAUAUAAAGUUUGAGGCUAUUUGGGGCUUACAGAUCAGUGGUCAGCACAGAAAAGAGACUUUUGCAUUUUAUGUCUUACCAAAAUAAAAUUUCACUUUGUGAUAUUUUUAUUUGUUAAAUAAUUCAAACUGUGGUAUUAAGGCAACAAAAUAAACUGUUCAGUCACCUUC